AUGAGUUCUCAUUCCAGCAGCAAUGAUAAGUUAAGACCAUUUGUGCAUUACCAUUGUGCAUGUCCGGAUGUUUACUCAAGCACUGAAUCCUCACUUCUAUCCGAAACCGUUGCUGCUUGCACACAUCCUACCAUUGAUUCACCACCGUCUGUGAACUCUUUACGCAUACAUCACUCCACCUUUCCACUUUCAAAACUAUACAUUUGUGAAGACUGUCACCAGAUUCGGUGUCCACGCUGUAUUCAAGAAGAAAUUAUUUGUUAUUAUUGUCCGAACUGUUUGUUUGAAGUUCCAACUGCAAGUGUGAAGAGUGAACGGAAUAGAUGUGCGCGUAGCUGUUUUCAGUGUCCUAUUUGUCAGAAUACCUUGUCUGUAAUUGCAAGUGUCGAACCGUCGUCUGCAACCUCACCUACCGUGCCUACUGCUCCUACUGCCCUAACUGCUUCUACUGCCCAGCCUCCUCAGCCUGUCGCCGCGCAAGCUGGCGGAGCACCAUACUACUUAUUAUGUGGUGUAUGUCGAUGGGACUCGCAAGAGAUAAAAAUGACUUUUGAAAAGCCCACCGGGUUAUCAUUGCAGCUACAAACGACAGAUGACGAGCGCCCUGACGUCAAAGAAUUUGAUCAUCUCAAAGAACACUUUGAGAAACAUUUACGCAUGAACACACCAUCCACAACACUUCCCACUCAGUUGCUUUCUAUUCCGGGCAUGGGCACGCUUAGUAGUCGAUACGGAACCAAUGUAGCUCAUUCGCAACAAAAGUCUGAUGAUGUGAACCCGUACGAGGCUGUUGUACGUGUGGCGGACGAUGUAAAGUUAGCAAAAGAUUUGAGUCAGUUAAAGGAUGUUAAUCAGAUUACUACUUUUGCUCAAAGAACAAAUCAACUUAGUGAUCAGCCGUAUCAAGUGGAUAAACUUCAACCACAACGAAUCCACCUAAGAACAAAACGUGUCAAGCGGUGUCGAUCAUGUCGUCAUAUUCUUAUCAAACCCGAGCAAAAAGCUCAGGCGACAAAAUUCAAAAUAAAGCUUGUAGCCUUAAAUUACAUUCCAAAAAUAACAAUUGCCAAAUUACCAUAUUUGGUAAUAGACCAAACAGUACAAAUCAUUCUAAAAUUUUCGAAUCCACUUCUGGAAGAUGCUAAUGUUUCGCUUUCUUGUAAAGAAGAGAUUGAAAAUUUUGGAAAGAUUAAAUUACUUGCCACAAAUUUCACCAUAGGACCAUAUAACGAAUUACUAGAAUACGACGACGAGGAAUUGAGCACUGAAAAGUUGACGUCAAAAUCACGGCCAGCGUCACGUGCGUCAAUUGUCAAGCCCGAUCCUGGAGUUGUAGAGAAAAAGGGAAAUUAUACGUGUAUUGCUAUAGAAAUAACGCCAUUAUUCGAAGUUGAAGAAUUUAAGUUUCCUCUUCUCGUGACACAUACAAGUAAAGUACUAGAUAUUGAUGUUGUUGACAACAACGAAACACAACAACACCUUUCUGUUCCAGCAGCUGACACAACACCGGUUGCCUCAGCUGUUAACAGUGUCUCCAUCGAAGACGAGAACAAUACUGAAAAUUCUAAAAAACUCAACUCAUUAACAAUUUCUCGGGAAUUAGGUGCUUCAUAUAAAAGCCUUAGUUUCUGGACCAUAAUCGGUCUUGGCCCUGUUCUAAAAGAACCAGUGCCUCCGAGAAGCUCCGAAAAAACCCCCAGUAGUUCGACGACUCCUCAAUCAACAGAGAAAACGGAGAAACAUUCAAAGAGCAGCAGUAUUAGCAGUUCGACGAAACCAUCACCAUUGAAUAAAGUUUCAUCGUCCGCAAAAUCGUCGUCUACAAAGAGUAGUGGUUCUUCGGUGCAACCUACAAAGCAGAUAAAGAAAACUACUACAGUCUAUAAGCCCCAAUAA